AUGGCAACGAACGGUACACGAAAAUCCAUUCGCGCUGUAAAUCCACCUGUCGCAGAUAGUGUCUUCCAGUCAUUCCGCUUAGAUGGAAAAACUGUAAUCAUCACUGGUGGCUCAGGCGGAAUUGGGUACGAAGUAGCAAGAGGUCUUGCAGAAGCAGGAGCGAAUAUUGCUAUCUGGUAUUCGAGUUCUAAGACUGCUCAAAAGCAGGCCGCAACCAUCGCUAAAGACUUCAAUGUUAAAACAGCAACUUACAAAGUACAAGUCGAAAAUUACGCCGAAGUAGAAGAAGCCGUGGCCUCAGUGGUCAAAGAUUUUGGUCGUCUCGAUGUCAUGAUUGCGAACGCUGGAAUCCCAUCCAAUGCAGGCGGACUGGACGGGACGGUCUCGGAUUGGGAUCAUGUGAGAGCAGUGGACUUUGACGGUGCUUAUUACUGUGCCAGAGCAGCGGGUUUGGUCUUCAAGGCCCAAGGAUAUGGAAAAUGCAUUUUCACCGCUAGCAUGAGCGGAUAUGCUGCAAAUGUCCCCCAGGAGCAGAGCUGUUUGCAAGGCUGGUGUUGUAAGUUUACUGCACAAUGGGAGAAGAUUCAUCUUUCGAAAUCUUUGGCUGUUGAGUGGGCGAAAUGGGGUGGAAGGGUGAACUCAGUCAGUCCUGGGUACAUCGACACUGAGAUAUCUGGAGACUGUCCGUUUGAAAUGAAGGAAGCAUGGUAUGAUUUGACACCUCUCAGGAGGGACGCGGAUCCAAGGGAGUUGAAAGGGGUUUAUCUAUAUCUCGCGAGUGAUGCAAGUUCCUACACCACAGGAGCAGACUUUGCUAUUGAUGGAGGUUAUACUGCCAGAUAG